AUCAAAUACACCCAAAGACAGAAUGUACAAACACUAUUCAUAAACAACCACCAAAUAUAUAAAAAAAAGUUUUCGAAAUUGUACAAUUUUGGAAGGGAGUUAACAGUUGUGUUGCAACUUAAAGUGAUUCUUUCUCUUGAUUACCUCCAUUUUCCGCAAGCCUUUCGCCGUCUUCUACUACCCUCCACUUCAAUCCUCCUAUUCUCUAUACACUUUCACCAUUUUCAACAUAUUUACACUCAUUUCAAUCAAGAUAUCAUCUGGGUCUUCAAGAUUAUCCCUUCAUAUCCUCAUAAAUUCAAUAAUGCCUGCUCAAAUCAACUCAUCUUCAUUUGGGUAUUCUUGAUUGUCAUUCUUUUUGCAGUUACAGAGGGGUUUCUUCAAGUGGGUUGGAGCUCUUGAAGGCUGUGAAUGAAUUUUGAGAGAUUUCUUUUCUUUUUUUUUUUUUUUGUGAAAUUUUGAUUCAAAGAUGCCACUUUCAGAGUUGUAUAGAUCAUCUAUCAGUGGAAAGAGUGAACCCUCUCAGCAGAAAUCAACUGAUGUUUCAUAUAUACCGAACGACGAGUUUGUAGAGUUGAUAUGGGAAAAGGGUCAGAUCAUGAUGCAGGGUCAGUCUAGUAAACUGAAAAAGACGCCAGUUUCGAGUAAUUUUCAGUUUCAAACACCGAAAGUUCAAGCAAAAGAUGGUCUUUUGGAUGUAUCUAUGCCUGAGAUUGGAUUGAAUCAAGAUGAUGAUAUGGUCCCUUGGUUAAAUUAUCCGCUUGACGAUUAUAGUUCUGAUCUGUUACCCGAGUUAUCCGGUGUGACAGUUCACGAACCCGUUAUGCAUAACGGUCUGAAUGCAACAGAGAAGAGAGGUAAUAAAGAUCCAAAUUCAGUGAUCGAUGUAACCCGAUCAAACACAUCUAAAGUUUCACGAUUUUCAGAUCCAACUGUUAGAUCGGGAGUUUCGGACAUAACUAAUAGUAAUUGUAGAAGUAAAGCCGGUAAUGAGAGUCAUAGAGAUUCUGUACCGCGUUGUUCAACUUCCACCGUGUUGAAUUUUUCGCAUUUUUCAAGACCCGCUGCUGCGGCUAUGGCUAAAGCUAGUGUUCAGAAUCAUGGACCGCAGAAAGAAACUGGUCAACCUGGUUCGGAUUCAGUCAAAGUUUGUUCAAAUCCUUUACCAAGUAAGCCAUAUGAUGAGCCACAUUGUGUCGACAAGUCCUCCAAUGAUGCAUGCGGAGGAGGUAAAGGAGGUUCAGAAACCGUAAAGAGCAACGAGCCAGUUGGUGCUUCUUCUUCUGUUUGUUCAGGGAAUAGUGCUGAACGAGCAUCAAACGAUUUGACCAAAAAUUGUAAGAGAAAAUCUCGCGAAACGGAAGAUUUUGAGUGCCAAAGUCAAGACGUUGAAGAAGAAUCGUUGGCCACUAAAACCGCAGCUGCUUCUCGAGGAGGUACGGGUUCUAAGAGAAGCCGUGCGGCUGAAGUUCAUAAUUUGUCUGAAAGGAGGCGACGGGAUAGGAUAAACGAAAAGAUGCGGGCAUUACAAGAACUCAUACCAAAUUGCAACAAGUUUUUACAUUACAAGGUGGAUAAAGCAUCAAUGCUUGAUGAGGCAAUUGAGUAUUUAAAGACACUUCAACUUCAAGUACAGAUUAUGUCAAUGGGAACUGGAUUAUGUAUGCCGCCAAUGAUGUUCCCGAAUGGAAUGCAACAUAUGCAUCCUCAUUUCUCCCCCAUGGGGAUUGGUAUGGGUAUGGGUUAUGGAAUGGGAAUGGGAAUGGGAAUGGGAAUGGAGAUGAAUGGCGGACAACAUAUGUUUCCGUUUUCUCCUACUAUACACGGGUCACGACACCCUUUCCCUUCUCCACCUAUGUAUGGGCAUCUUAGCCAAGGAAUGCCAAUGUUGUUACCUCAACCACCUAUGCCCGGGGUUCCCGCUGUUCGGCAAAUGCUGACACAAACCGAAGUUCCAGAUGCGGGCCCCAGCUCCAAGGACCCUAUCCCUAAUAAGAACCCUCACGUGAUGACACAGAUAUCUAGUCAGCCCCAAGUUGCAAACAAGAGCCUUAACCAGUCUACUUCAGUCGACAAAAGCGAUCAACUUGUAGAAGCUGGAUGCAGUACACGCGGUGUUGAUUAAAAUUUUUGUAUUGAAGGGACCAUGACCGCAUAAAACAAAUAGGAAAGUGAAGGUUGUGUUGACUUUUGUUGACUAUCCGAAAUGACUUUUUUUGGAAAGCAUCAACAUCCAUUAUGAUCUGCAUGGCGAUUUUAGUGUUGUGUCGAGAUUCUAUCGUUUGGGUUUAUUUCAAUUGCAGAUUGCCCCAUGAUAGUGUGAUUAGAUUAUUCGGUGUCAGUAUAGUUGAAAGCAGUGUUGUAAAAAUCGCGACUAGGCGACGAUUAGUCGGCGAUUAAUCGCUAGUCGUCCAGUUACUGAGUAAUUUUUCUUAAAUCGGUCCAUUACCCGACUAGGUCCGACUAGGCACGACUAGGUCCGACUAGGCAAGCCAACAGUCGACGAUUCCAGCAAAAAACCUGUAUAUUCCGGCCAAAACCUCUAAAUUCCGGUCAGUUUCCAACCAAAUCAUUUGAAUUCCAACAAUUAAUCAUGUAUACUUAAAUAAAUGAGUUGAGUAAGAUUUAAAACCUAGCUACUUAAAAUAUUUACCUAUAAAAAUGUAUAUAUUUAUACAUAAAACUGAAAAUUACAUAUAAAAAACCCGAUCCGAUUAAUCCUGAUUAAUCCCGAGUAAUCCCGAGUAGUCGCUAGUCCCCACUUCACCGGCCGACUAGCGACUAGCGAGUUCUCCAACCUUGGUUGAAAGCAUUUCUUUGUAAGGUAUUACGCGAUAACAAACAUCAGAAUCGAUGAAACGAUAAUUGUAUUUUUCA